AUGUCCGCCGACGCCAGCGAUGUGGCAUUGUCUGAAUUCGGCGCAACGGCGGCGGAGAGCAAGUCCUCCACCUCCGGCCACGGCGACGCCGUCAUCGUGCGCCGCUUCGUCUGCUCCCUCCAGGGCCUCCCCGCCCGCAAGGACCCGCCGCUCGACCUCUCCAGGAAGCGCCGCGACCGCGCCUCCUCCCGCGCGGCGUGCCCCACCAUGAUCCAGGUUAACCGCCUCCCCGGCUCCGCCGCCUCCACGCACUGGGUCGUCUCCCGCUGCGUCUUCGAUCACACCCACCGGCUCGGCGGCGAUGACGACGACGACGACGACGGCAGCGACUCUGACGCCAGCGGUUCAGAGAGUGCAGACACGCCAACCAAGCAUUCCAGUAACAAGUCAUCAAAGGUGCCAUCUGGCCGGAUUGCUAAUACAGAUGCCGAUUCCUUCCAGAGCACUGCUCUCGGACCCGACGGCAAUGUCACCCAGUGCCUGCUUGAGCAUUUCAAGAAGAAGCAGGCUGAGAAUCGCUCAUUCUGCUACGCCAUCCAGGUUGAUCGCAGCAACUAUGUUACCAAUUUCUUAUGGGUGGAUGCACGCGCCAGAUUGCUGUAUAAAUGGUUUGGGGAUGCGGUUGUGCUUGACGUCACCUGCAAGAGGAACCUGCCUGCUGCGCCAUUUGUGGCACUAACUGGAUUGAACCAUCAUAGGCAGGUUAUCGUGUUUGGGUACGCUAUCCUGACUGAUGAGAGCGAGGAAACGUAUGUGUGGCUGUUUGAGACUUGGCUUGCCUCUAUGGGCGGGAAGAAGCCAGUGUCGUUGACGAUAAAUUAUAAUAGGGAUGCUGAGAUGGCUGCCAUGAAGGUCUUUGAUGACGUUAGGCAACGGUUAUGCCAGAGAGAUAUCUUCUCCAGGUGCAAGGAGAGGUUGGCCGCUGUAUAUGAAGCACAUCCAUCAUUCAAACAAGAGCUCAAGGAAUGUGUAAAUGAAUUGGAAAGGAAUGAUGAGUUUGAGUCGAAAUGGAGGUUUUUGCUCAACAAGUACAAUCUGACGGUGUGGUUGACAGGUGUUUCUGAAUGCAUCGAGCACCUUGUGCUCAAAGGUCGUGACGCACUCUUCACUUGA